GUUCUCCUACCUUAAGGAUGAGGAAACCGGGGCUCCAGGAACACGACGUGGCCGCCCGUGGUCCCCCGGCUGCUCAGAGGCCGGGCAGUCCGAGGCCGGACUGUGGGUUCUUCUUGGGCUGCAAUCAGGGGAGACUAGGUUGGGACUUUCGGUGGGGACCUGGAGGAGGAGGAGGAGGAGGUUUGAGCUGUUCCAUUAGGCACAAAAAAUAACUUUCUGCACUGUUUCCUAGAAGUAAGAUCAUGGACAAUUCAGAAAACAUGAAAAUGUCUUAAACAUUUUAAUGAACCGUAGCCUAGGGAUGUGAAGAUAACGAAUACUCGUGUUUUAGUGCCUUCUGUGUGUAUUUCGGUUUGCUAGAGGCUGUUUUCUUUGGAACUGAUAGAAUACUGCAGUGCAGAUUGGUACACAAAUCAGGAUUGGCACACCAAGAUCUUCUGAUGUAGCUCUUCUGCGGGGGUAGGUAGGGGAGGGGCAGGAGUGUGGAUUUCUUUUUUUUUUUUUUUAAAUAGAAAACUUUCAUUUAAUAAAUAUAAAUUUCAAAAGCACAACUUUGGGAUUAUAGCAGUUCUUCCCCCCAUAACCACCCUGCCACCCGCAAACCAUCCCAACUCCUACUCCCUCUCGCAUCUCAUUCUUCAUUAAGAUUCAUUUGUAAUUAGCUUUAUAUAAGGAAGGUCAACUCUAUCCUGAGUAAAGAUUUCAACAGUUUGCACCCCCACAGACACACAAAGUAUAAAGUACUGUUUGAAGAUUGGUUUGACCGUUAAUUCUCAUAGUUCAACACAUUAAAGACAGAGAUCCUACAUGGGGAGCAAGUGCACAGUGACUUCUGAUGUUGAUUUAACAAUUGACACUCUUAUUUACGAUGUCAGUAAUCACCCAAGGCUCUUGUCAUGAGCUGCCAAGCCUCUUGAGUUCACAAACUCUUAUUAUUUAAUUUUUUUUAAUUUUUGACAGAGUGGAUAGUGAGAGAGAGAAAGAGAGAAAGGUCUUCUUUUGCCGUUGGUUCACCAUCCAGUGGCCGCUGUGGCUGGCGCACCACACUGAUCCGAAGGCAGGAGCCAGGUACUUAUCCUGGUCUCCCAUGGGGUGCAGGGCCCAAGGACUUGGGCCAUCCUCCACUGCACUCCCGGGCCAUAGCAGAGAGCUGGCCUGGAAGAGGAGCAACCGGGACAGAAUCCAGCACCCCGACCGGGACUAGAACCCAGUGUGCUGGCACCGCAAGGCGGAGGAUUAGCCUGUUGAGCCACGGCGCUGGCCUCGAACUCUUACUAUUUAGACAAGGCUAUAAUCAAAGUGGAAGUUCUCUCCUGCCUUCAGAGAAAGGUACCUCUUUUUUGAUGGCCCCUUCUUUCCUCCGAGAUCUCACAGAGAUUUUUAGUUUAGGUCAUUUUCUGCUACAGUGUCUUGGCUUUCCAUGUCUGAGAAACUCUCAUGGGCUCUUUAGCCAGAUCCAAAUGCUUUAAGGGCUGAUUCUGAGGCCAGAGUGCUGUUCAGGACAUCUGCCAUUCUAUGAGUCUGCUGUGUAUCCCACUUCCCAUGUUCGAUCGUUCUCUCCUUUUUAAUUCUAUCAAUUAUUAUUAGCAGACACCGGUCUUAUUUAGGUGAUCCCUUUGACACUUAAUCUUAUCUUUAUGAUCAGUUGUGAACUUAAACUGAUCCCUUUAACUAGUAAGGUGGCAUCGGUACCUGCCAACUUAAUGGGAUUUGGAUUCCCAUGGCAAGUUUUUAACUUUGCCUUUAGCGGUAAGUCUGAGGGCGCGUGCGCCAAACUGUACAUCCCCUCCCUCUCUUAUUCCCACUCUUAUUUUUAACAGGGAUCAACUUUCAGUUGGGUUUAAACAUCUAAGAAUAAUUCUGUGUUAAUUAAAGAGUUCAAUCAAUGGUAUUAAGCAGAAAAAGAAAAUACUAAAAAGAAUAAAGUAGUAAGCUGUUCUUCACCAGUCAGGACAAGGGCUGACCAAGUCAUUGCUUCUCAUAGUGUCAGUUUCACUUCUACAGGUUUCCUUUUAGCUGCUCAGUUAGUUGUCACAGAUCAGGGAAAACAUAUAUUUGUCCCUUUGGACUGGCUUAUUUCACCCAGCAUUAUGUUUUCCAGAUUCCUCCAUUUUGUUGCAAAUGACCAGAUGUCAUUUUUUACCACUGUGUAGUAUUCCAUAGAAUACAUAUCCCAUAAUUUCUUUAUCUGGUCUUCUGUUGAUGGGCAUUUAGGUUGAUUCCAUGUCUUAGCUAUUAUGAAUUGAGCUGUAAUAAACAUUGAGGUACAAAUAGUUCUUUUAUUUGCCAAUUUAAUUUCCCUUGGCUAAAUUCCGAGGAGUGGGAUGGCUGGGUUAUAUUGUAGGGUUAUAUUCAGGUUUCUGAGGAGUCUCCAAACUGUCUUCCAUAGUGGCUUUACCAGUUUGCAUUCCCACCAACAGUGGAUUAGUGUGCCUUUUUCCCCACAUCCUCGCCAGCAUCUAUUGUUGGUAGAUUUCUGAAUGUGAGCCAUUCUAACCGGGAUGAGGUGAAACCUUAUUGUGGUUUUUUUUUUUUUUUAUUUUUGACAGGCAGAGUGGACAGUGAGAGAGAGACAGAGAGAAAGGUCUUCCUUUUGCCGUUGGUUCACCCUCCAAUGGCCACCACGGUAGCGCGCUGCGGCCAGCGCACCGCGCUGUUCCGAUGGCAGGAGCCAGGUGCUUAUCCUGGUCUCCCAUGCGGGUGCAGGGCCCAAGGACUUGGGCCAUCCUCCACUGCACUCCCUGGCCACAGCAGAGAGCUGGCCUGGAAGAGGGGCAACCGGGACAGGAUCGGUGCCCCGACUGGGACUAGAACCCGGUGUGCCAGCGCCGCAAGGCAGAGGAUUAGCCUGUUGAGCCACGGCGCCGGCCACCUUAUUGUGGUUUUGAUUUGCAUUGCCCAGAUGGCUAGUGACCCUGAACAUUUUUUCAUGUGUCUGUUGGCCGUUUGGAUUUCCUUUUUUGAAAAAUAUCUAGGUCCUUGGCCCAUCUCUUAAGUGGGUUUUUUGUUUUGUUUUUGUGGAGUUUUUUGAUCUCUUUGUAGAUUCUGGUUAUUAAUUCUCUAAUCAGUUGCAUAAUUUGCAAAUAUUUUCUCCCAUUCUGUUGGUUGCCUCUUCACUGUCCUGUUUCUUUUGCAGUACAGAAACUUCUCAAUUUGAUGUAAUCCCAGUUGUUAAUUUUAGCUUUGACUGCCUGUGCCUCUAGAGUUUUUUCCAAGAAGUCUUUGCCUGUGCCUAUAUCUUGCAGGGUUUCUCCGAUGUUCUCUAUUUUAUGGUGUUGGGUCAUAGAUUUAGAUCUUUAAUCCAUGUUGGGUGGAUUUUUGUGUAAGGUGUAAGGUAGGGGUCUUGCUUCAUACUUCUGCAUGUGGAAAUCCAGUUUUCCCAGCACCAUUUGUUGAAUAGACUAUCCUUACUCCAGGGAUUGUUUUUAGCUCCUUGAUCAAAUAUAAGUUGGUUGUAGAUGUUUGGAUUGAUUUCUGGUGUUUCUAUCCUGUUCCAUCGGUCUGUCCAUCUACUUUUGUACCAGUACCAGGCUGUUUUGAUUAUAACUGCCCUGUAGUAUGACUUGAAAUCUUGUGAUGCCUCCGGCUCUGUUUUUGUUGUCCAAGAUUGUUUUAGCUAUUCGAGGUCUCCUGUGUUUCCAUAUGCAUUUCAGCAUCAUUUUUUCCAGAUCUGAGAAGAAUGUCCUUGGUAUUUUGAUUGAUAUCCAAUUGAAUCUGUAAAUUGCUUUUGGAAGAAUGGAUAUUUUGAUGAUAUUGAUUCUUCCAAUCUAUGAAUAUGGAAGAAAUUUCCAUUUUGGGGGAUCCUCUUCUAUUUCUUUCUUUAAAGUUUUGUAAUUCUCAUCAUAGAGAUGUUUGACAUCCUUGGUUAAGUUUAUUCCAAGAUAUUUGAUUUUUUUUUUUUUUAGCUAUUGUGAAUUGGAUUGAUCAUAGAAGUUCUUUCUCAGCCGUGGCAUUGUCUGUGUAUACAAAGGCUGUUGAUUUUUAUGUAUUAAUUUUAUAUCCUGCUACUUGACCAUACUCUUCUGUGAGUUCCAGUAGUUCUCUUAGUGGAGUUCUUUGGAUUCAUUCAAUAUGAUGCUGGCCAUGGGUUUGUCAUAAAUUGCCUUGAUUGUGUUGAGGAACGUCCCUUCUAUACCCAAUUUGCUUAGAGUUCUCAUCAUGAAAGGGUGUUGUAUUUUAUCAUAUGUUUUCUUUGCAUCUAUUGAGAUAAUCAUAUGGUUUUUCUUCUGCAGUCUGUUAAUGUGGCGUAUCACAUCGAUUGAUUUGCAAACGCUGAACCAUCCCUGCAUCCCAGGGAUAAAUCCCACUUGGUCUGGGUGGCUGCUCUUUCUGAUGUGGGGGCCAGGAGUGUGCAUUUCAACAUGAUGAGUUUGAGAUGCUCAGGACACGCCUACCUGGGUGGUAGAUGCUGGAUGGUUACCCUGAUCUGGCCAGACUGGAAUCCUGCUCAAUCCCAUGAUUUCACCCCCAGCCGCCAGUUUGCUAAAGCCAGGAAGCCCACACAGGCAGGGAACCAGGCACGGAUGGAUGGGAAGAGGAGCUGGUUCUUGAAGGGAACUGAAGUGGACAUAGUUUUUGGCAGUGAGGAUUGGUUCUGGAUUUGAUGCCAUCAAGAAGCAGAAGCAAUACGGUGACUGAAUGUUGUAAACUUUCACAUAAGAGAUGAGAGGAGCAAACCGAGGCCGGAUCUGGUGUUGAAGUAGUCACUGCUGUUAGCAGGAAGAGGCCAUUAUCUGCUUCUCUUUGUCCUGUGUUUGUCCCUCUGUUACAGCCACACGAUCGCUGCUUCCAGUGCUUUUAGUAUUUUUAUAGCAUAUUGGGAAGUUGUUAGUUCAGAGACCGCCCUGGCUUUAGGUUUAUUUGACACUUGUUCAUAGUUAAAUUGUAUUAUCAGCAGAGAUGCCCCAGAGGUGGUGAGGUGGCCUGCUCGGUGCAUCACGGGAGGAGCUGAACAUUGCUACGUUGCUUUGUGGGUUUGUGCCACUGUGGUCAGCUUUGCUUUCCUGGUUAAGAUGCCCGCCAUGUUAGCAGACUCUGCAGGCCCCGGGAGGAAGAACAGAGCGAACAUGUCCCAGGAGGCGGUGACGUUCAAGGAUGUGGCUGUGGCCUUCACUGAGGAGGAGCUGGGGCUGCUGGACCCUGCCCAGAGGAAGCUGUACCAGGAUGUGAUGGUGGAGAACUUCCGGAACCUGCUGUCCGUGGGGCAUCAACCUUUCCGACAAGAUAUCCCACACGUGCUCAUGGAAAGAGAAGCGAAGCUUUGGGUGACGCAGACAGCAGUCCACAGAGAAAGAAAUUUAGGAGGGGACAGUCAGACUGAACCAAAGGCUGUUCAGGACCGAGGAUCACGUGACGAGCUCUCCUGCUGGAAAGUUUGGCAACAAAUAGCAGAUGAUUUCACCAAGAGUGAGGACUCCAAGAUCAAUAAUUCUCAGUUCCACAAAGCUGGGGCUGGACUAUCUGUUCAUAUUUCUGAAGCUGAACACUCUGUGCUGAAUCAUGAAGUAUAUGGUCUCAGUGGUACUGAAAAUCCAGAAAGUCCAACGUCAAACACUCAGAAUUCUGGGAAGAAAACUUGCCUGACUGAGUCACAGAAUCACCAGAAUAAAUACCAGCAAAUUUCUAUAAAAAAUAAACUGUGUCAGUAUAAACAGGGCAUUGACCCCAACGACUGGACUUCAUAUCACCACAGUGAUUGUGGAGUACACAAAAGUGAAAGAUUUUGUGGCCCCAGUGAUCGUGGGAAAGAGAGCAUGAAGAUUUCAGCCUUUGAUCGAAAUGGUCUGAGUCACACAAGACAGAGACUUUACCAGUGUCACGGAUGUGAGAAAACCGUCAGUGAUCUCUCCAGCCUGGGUCUUCAGCAGCAGCUACACUCCAGAGUGACGUUUCAGCCAUGUGUUGAGUGUGAAAAAGGCUUCAGUUGUAGCUCUGUUCCUCGUGUUCCUCAGAGAGUUCACAGGGGAGGAAAACACAGGUGUGACCAGUGUGGUAAGGAAUUUGGUCAGAGUUCACAUCUACAAAGGCAUCAGGAAGUCCACGUGACAAAGAAACCGCACACACGUGAGCAGUGUGGCCAAGGCUUCCGUCGGAGGUCAGCACUUAGUGUUCAUUGUAAAGUGCACACGGCAGAGAAACCUUACCCGUGUGAGCGGUGUGGGAGGGCCUUCAGCCAGCCUGCUCAUCUUCAGGAUCAUCGGAGAGUACACACUGGGGAGAAACCAUUCACCUGCGACACCUGUGGGAAGAGCUUCGGUCGGAAUUCACACCUUCAGUCCCAUCAGAGAGUACAUACGGGAGAGAAACCAUAUAAGUGCGAGGACUGUGGGAAGGGCUUCAUCUGCAGCUCCAAUCUCUACAUUCACCAGAGGGUCCACACCGGAGAAAAACCGUAUAAAUGCGAGGAGUGUGGUAAGGGCUUCAGUAGGCCUUCAAGUCUUCAGGCCCAUCAGGGAGUCCACACUGGAGAAAAGUCAUACAUGUGUACCGUGUGUGGAAAAGGCUUUACUCUGAGCUCAAACCUCCAAGCCCACCAGCGAGUCCACACUGGAGAGAAGCCAUACAAAUGCCACGAGUGUGGGAAGGGCUUCAGGAGGAACUCCCAUUACCAAGUUCACCUAGUUGUCCACACAGGAGAGAAACCUUACAAAUGUGAUGUGUGUGGGAAGGGCUUCAGUCAGAGCUCAUACCUUCAGGUCCACCAGAAGGCCCACAGCAUAGAGAAACCUUACAGGUGUGAGGAGUGCGGGCAGGGCUUCAAUCAGAGCUCACGCCUUCAGACUCACCGGCUCAGCCACACUGGGGAGAAGCCCUACAAGUGUGACGAGUGCGGGAAGGGCUUCAGUCGGAGGGCAGAUCUGAAGAUUCAUUGCAGGAUCCACACGGGGGAGAAACCGUACCACUGUGAGGAGUGCGGGAAGGUGUUCCGGCAGGCCUCAAAUCUUCUGGCCCAUCAGAGGGUCCACAGUGGUGAGAAACCAUUCAAAUGUGACAUCUGUGGGAAGGGCUUCGGUCGGAGUUCACACCUCCAAGCCCAUCAGAAAGUGCACACGGGAGAAAAGCCCUACAGAUGCGAGGCGUGUGGCAAAGGCUUCAAGUGGAGCCUGAAUCUGGCCAUGCACCAGCGGGUCCACACGGGCGAGAAGCCGUACAGGUGUGGGGAGUGCGGCAAGUACUUCAGUCAGGCCUCCAGCCUUCAGCUGCAUCAGAGCGUCCACACUGGGGAGAAGCCGUACAGGUGCGGCGAGUGUGGCAAAGUCUUCAGUCGGUCAUCACAGCUACAGUCACAUCAGAGAGUGCACACGGGGGAGAAGCCGUACAGCUGUGCCGUGUGUGGGAAGACCUUCAGCUGGAGGUCCAACCUUACGAUUCAUCACAGAAUCCACAUUCGUGAUAAGUCUUACAAAAGCAAUAGGAGUGGUAAGGACAGAGAAACCACAGAGGAAAAAAGUUCGAUAAAGUGAUUUUUUUUUGGAGACUCCAGUGUCACGUGAAUUCUUCCAAUCAUCAUAUCUUACAGGAAAAUUAUUUCAUUAAAACCGGUAUUUGAACCCUAGCUCCUCAUAUUCCAGUGGCCCAUAGAGUACACAGAGGAGAGCCCUCAUUACUGAUGUAGGAUGAGCUUCUGUCAGAACCUUGGCCUUUCUCCAGAGUUACUUGGAAGAGAAGCUUUGGGAAGGAGAGGGGUUUUAGCAGGUGUCUGACCAUAGUUUCAUGAUGCCCAAAUCAGUGUCUGAUAGAAUGUUAAGUCCAUGGAGACAGGUGCCUUGUUCACUGUUGAGUCUGCAGCAUGGCCAUAAACUUCACUAGGUCUCAAUAGUUGUUAGGUUAGUGAGGAGAGUGUGUAAUAGGUGAAAAUUGGUAUUGAACAUUUGUAUUCAGAACAGGAAACUUGAACAUAGCCUUAAUAAAAUGAAUUCAGGGAGAUAGCAUUGAAAUGUGGAAAGGCACUCAAUUCUGCAACCUGCAAUACUAGUUUGGUAAGGCCCUGCUAAAUUAGCCUCUCUCCAGCCUCCUAUCAGAUUGGUUCCCAUCUCUUUGGACUUUUUCUAGCACUUGUUGGUUUAUACAGUAUAGAUUCAGUUACCUUUUGUGACUGUGGAGUGAAAAAUGAACUUUGUGGAUCUUAUGUGCUACACAAUUGAUUAUUUUUCUCAACACUGUUAAGGCAAGGUAAAGUGUCAGAAUUACUAGUGACAACUUUUAUUUUUGUAGAUUAUUAAUUAUUUGAAAGAGCCACAAAGAGAGGAAGACAGAGCUUCCAUUCAUUGGGUCACUCCCCAAAUGACCACAACAGAUGAGGCUGGGCCAGGUGGAAGCAAGGAGGCUGGAACUCCAUCUGGGCCUCCCACAUGGAUGGCAGGGGACCAGUUAUUUGGGCCAUCUUCUGCUUUUUCAGGCACUCUGGCAGAUUGCUGGAUUGGAAGUGGAACAAUCGGGACUCCAGCUGGCACCACAAUGCCAGCCCUACAAACAUUUUUUAGUCAAUGUUGAUCAUUGUUUUCUUACUCUUUAGCUUAUUGUCCACAGCUUUAGUAUUUUUUUAUUGUUUAUUUUUGACAGGCAGAGUGGACAGUGAGAAAG